AUGGUUUGUUUGCCUUUUUUCAGGUGGGGCCGCGUCGAUUUGAAGAUUAUUGAAGACGACGCACUCAGCGGCGUCCUUGCGGGGAUCGUGGAAGCGGCUCGCCAGCGGGAGGAGCUUACCAGCGUCAUCGCGGAAGCCUCCGCGGAUCGCCUUGCUCAUCUGACACCCCAAGAGAAGGCCGAGGCCAAACGGAAGGCGAAGGCCGCCAAGCAGACCCUGCAAAAUCCACGGGGCGCAAGGCGUCCCUCGCGCAGGAGGAAGCGGACCCGGACCAAGGCGCUGAAUAAGCUGCUGCUCGAGCACCGGCCGGCCUUGGGCAAUAUGGUAAAGGUCGUGUUUGAGGCGCUGAUUUCGGCACCCAGAUCGAUGAGAUCCGAAAAAGAGCGCGCCGAGGUGAAGGCGAAGCCGAAACUGACCAAGAAGGACAGUGCGGUGCUGAAGGCGUUGGAAGACGCCGGUUGCCCGCUGUGCAACUCGCCCGUCGUCUGGGGACGACCUCUCGUUCGUCGCCACCUUCGUCCGGGAAAAGCUGCGCGACCCGCGGCACCCAAGAUCAGGACGGCGGGAUGGCCGCAUUCCGGGCCGGCCAUCCGAACUCGCCGUAGAGGGGCUGACCCGGACGAAGAGUUGGCGCUGCUGCUGGCUGCCGGCCGAAUUUCGGAGUCCGAUAUCGCCGCGAAGCGCGCGUUCGAGGCAGCAGCAGGCCGACCGGCUACAGAUUUCGCCGACGCUCGCAGGGGCGUUGUCGAGGCCGCGGAGCGACAGCGAUCGGACGGCGUUCGGGCGGUGCAGAGCGCACAGUUAAUCAUGUCGAGGAAAAGCCUUUUCAGCAGGACCUUCAGUCUCUGGUCGAGGCCUCGGCGGCGGCGAAGCGGCGGAGGAGCGCGCAUGGGAUUAUCCUGCUCCCGGCCGUCUCGCCUGUCGAUGAUGCGCCCAUCGAGACGCAUGAAUCCAUCGCUCGCCAGAUGCUGGAGUAUCUCCACGGCACCGAUCAGGACCGCUGGGAGACGCGGAUGA